ACCGCGGCGGCAGGAGGAGUAGGCGGUGGAGCCCCCGGGAGGGAGGCGCGCUCGGGGCCAGACGGCUCCAGAGGCUCCGCAGUGCCGCCACCGUCGCCCGGGAGGCUCCGCGCGGGAGCCAUGUAACCCUGCGGCGGGCUCCGGGCUGCUCCGUCCUCCCCAGCUCCCGGGCUAGCGCGCCAGCGGGGCCACGAUGAAGAAGCAGUUUAACCGCAUGCGCCAGCUGGCCAACCAGACGGUGGGCAGGGCAGAGAAGACUGAAGUUCUGAGCGAAGACCUUCUUCAGGUGGAGAAGCGGCUGGAGCUGGUGAAGCAGGUCUCCCACAGCACACACAAGAAGCUCACGGCAUGCCUGCAGGGCCAGCAAGGGGCGGAGGCGGACAAGCGCUCGAAAAAGUUGCCUUUGGCCACGCUGGCUCAGUGUCUAGCAGAAGGAUCAGCUGUCCUGGGAGAGGACACGCUUCUUGGGAAGAUGCUGAAACUCUGUGGCGAGGCAGAGGACAAGCUGGCCCAGGAGCUGAUUCAUUUUGAAUUGCAAGUCGAGAGAGAUGUGAUCGAGCCGCUGUUCCUGCUGGCCGAGGUGGAAAUUCCAAAUAUCCAAAAACAGAGGAAACAUUUAGCAAAGCUGGUGCUGGACAUGGACUCUUCACGAACGAGGUGGCAGCAGACUUCCAAGUCUUCGGGCUUGUCCAGCAGCUUACAACCUGCAGGUGCCAAAGCGGAUGCCCUCAGGGAGGAGAUGGAGGAGUCUGCCAACAGAGUGGAGAUUUGCAGGGACCAGCUGUCGGCUGACAUGUACAGUUUUGUGGCCAAAGAACUUGACUAUGCAAACUACUUUCAAAUGCUCAUAGAAGUGCAGGCCGAGUACCACAGGAAGUCACUGACGCUCCUGCAGGCCGUGCUGCCUCAGAUAAAAGCACAGCAGGAGGCCUGGGUGGAGAAACCUUCCUUCGGGAAGCCCCUGGAAGAGCACCUCCUGAUCAGCGGCCGGGAGAUUGCCUUCCCCAUCGAGGCAUGCGUGACGAUGCUGCUGGAGUGUGGCAUGCAGGAGGAGGGCCUCUUCCGAGUCGCCCCGUCUGCCUCCAAGCUAAAGAAGCUCAAGGCUGCCCUGGACUGCUGCGUGGUGGAUGUGCAGGAGUGCUCAGCAGAUCCCCACGCCAUUGCAGGAGCUUUGAAAUCUUACCUCCGGGAGCUGCCAGAACCUCUGAUGACUUUUGAGCUCUACGAUGAGUGGAUUCAGGCUUCCAACAUCCAGGAGCAGGACAAGAGGCUCCAGGCUCUGUGGAAUGCUUGUGAAAAAUUGCCCAAGGCCAAUUACAACAACAUCCGAUACUUGAUCAAGUUUUUAUCCAAGCUCUCAGAAUAUCAAGACGUCAACAAGAUGACUCCCAGUAACAUGGCAAUCGUGUUAGGACCCAACUUGCUGUGGCCACAAGCGGAAGGGAACAUCACGGAAAUGAUGACCACGGUCUCGCUGCAGAUCGUCGCUAUCGUUGAGCCCAUCAUCCAGCACGCAGACUGGUUCUUCCCCGGGGAGAUAGAGUUCAACAUCACGGGCAAUUACGGGAGUCCGGUGCACGUGAACCACAACGCCAACUACAGCUCAAUGCCGUCCCCAGACAUGGACCCUGCCGAGCGGCGCCAGCCCGAGCAGGCCCGCCGGCCCCUCAGCGUUGCCACGGAUAACAUGAUGCUGGAGUUUUACAAAAAGGAUGGCCUUAGGAAAAUCCAAAGCAUGGGCGUGAGGGUCAUGGACACGUCGUGGGUGGCUCGAAGAGGCUCCUCGGCCGGCCGGAAGGCGUCCUGCGCCCCGCCCACCAUGCAGCCCCCAGCCCCGUCCGCGGAGCUCACCCCGCCCUUGCCGUCGCCCCUCGCGGAGCAGCCCCCCGACGGCCCCGCGGUGCCCGCGCUCUCUCCAUCCGGCCUCAGCCUGCAGCCCGGGGCGGAGCGGGUCAGCACUUCUAAAAGCAAGGAACUUUCUCCAGGAUCUGGGCAGAAAGGAAGUCCAGGUUCCAGCCAGGGGACGCCCAGUGCAGGGGUGCAGCCCGGGAUGCAGCCGGGCGCCAGCCCCAGCCAGCUGCCCGCAGACCAGAGUCCUCACACCCUCCGGAAAGUUUCCAAGAAGCUGGCACCCAUUCCGCCCAAGGUCCCCUUUGGCCAGCCGGGGCCCCUGCCCGAGCCGCCUGCCGGCCAGCCGUCCCCACUCAGCCUAUCCCCCACGCCCCCCAGCACCCCCUCACCCUACGGACUGAGCUGCCCCCCGGGGUACUCCCUGGCCUCGGGCCAGCUCUCCCCGGCAGCCGCAGCGCCCCCGCUGGCCUCCCCCUCCGGCUUGGUGGGCGCUCUCGGCAAGUCGCGGCCCACCCCGAAGCCCCGGCAGAGGCCCACGCUCCCGCCGCCCGAGCCGCCCGCCGCCAGCCUCGCAGCCCCCAGCCCGCAGCCCGCGGAGCAUCCCGCGCUGGACGCUGUGUCCCCCGGGGAGAGCAUGUCCACAGAUCUGGUCCACUUCGACGUCCCUUCCCUCCACGUGGAGCUGGGCUCGGCGCUGCGCCUCGGCCCCCGGGAGCACAUGCGACAGCACUCGGUGGCCGAGAAGAGGGACGCGGAGGAGUCGGAGAGCACGGCCCUCUGA